GUAACGGUUUUGACUUGCUUGUAGGGGUGCCAGGUAGAUUGUGACUACCAGAAAAAAAUAUUGAUUUCUCCUUUUAGUUUGGGAGGGAAUUAGUUUUUUUAUAUAUAUCUAAAAAAUAUGUGACCUUUAACUAGGCAAGUCAGUUAACUACCCCAGCCAAACCCUUACCGGACGACGCUGGGCCAAGAGUGAUCGAAAUAACGUGUUUCACCAAAGUUGGUUUCUUAGCGUUCAUUGCCAUGGUUAUCAACUGUACCGCAGAAAUGGAACAUAAAUCACAGGAAAUAGAUAUUGUGGUGGCAGCUGGUUUUAAUGGGUGUAGGGCUAGCUGGUAGGACAAUUUCUUCCCUUUUCCCCGUACUUUUUUUGUCACAAAAUGUAAUGAAUUCACUCUUCAGAGCAGGAACCGGAAAAAUGGCUUGAUAGGAGAAAUUACCGACCUUACACUCCAUUACAGUAGGUGGCGGUGUAUGCACCUUGAUGUUGGUUGCGAUUCGGCAACACAAAUUUGAAGAAGAAGAAAACGGAUAAUGUUUUUGGCUUUGUCAACGCUGCGCUAGGGAAGUAGGAUUCGAAACAGUUGUUGAUACAAUCAAGUUAGGUGUGAAGUCAUGACAACGUUGGAUGACAAGAUCCUGGGGGAGAAGCUGCAGUACUACUACAGCAGCAGUGAGGAUGAGGAAAGUGACAAGGAGGAUGACGAGGGGGAGCACAAGACCAUCCGCAACCCAGAUGUACUGGAGCCUGAGCUAGAAUACAGCGCUGACGGUAGUGCCAUCAACACAGGGCCCAAGGGGGUGAUUAAUGACUGGAGGAAGUACAAACAGCUGAAGGUGGAGCAGAAGCAGGAGCAGAAGGAGGAGAUGGAGAGACUCAUCAAGAAGCUGUCCAUGACCUGUCGCUCCGACCUGGACGACGAAGCCGACGCCAUUAAACAGAAAGAGAUGCAGGACAAGAUCCAACACAAGAUGACCAUGCAGGAGUACAACAUGCUCCAGGAAGACGAGGAUGACGAGGACUUCCUCCAGCAGUACAGGAAGCAGCGCAUCGAGGAGAUGCGCCGGAAGGUGUUGCGCGGUAAGCGCUUCGAGCAGGUCUACGAGCUCAACAGUGGCGAGGAGUUCCUGGAGGCUGUGGACAAGGAGGACAAGGCCUGCCUGGUUAUGAUCCACAUCUACGAGGGCGAGGUGCCUGCCUGCGAGGCAAUGAUGGGCAGCCUGCUGUGCCUGGCACAGGAAUACCCCCUGGUCAAGUUCUGUAGCGUGCGUGGGUCGGUUAUCGGCACCAGUGCCCAGUUCAGGGGCAGCGCCUUGCCAGCCCUGCUGGUGUACAAAGGAGGAGACCUGAUUGGGAACUUUGUGCGCAUCACAGACCAGCUAGGAGAGGACUUCUAUGCUGUGGAUGUGGAGGCGCUGCUGCAAGAGUACGGGCUGCUGCCGGACAAAACUGUCCUUGUCGCUAAGACCAUCCGCAACGGCGCCAUCACACAGAGCGAUGACUCUGACCUUGACAUAGACUAGAGAACAGACCUGCACAUAUAUAGAAACAUAGACUAGAACCUCUAUGUGUACACACACUCGACAUAGACUAGAACCCCAAUGUGUAAACACACACACACAGUCGACAGACUAGAACCCCUAUGUACACACACACAGUCGACAGACUAGAACCCCUAUGUACACACACACACAGUCGACAGACUAGAACCCCUACGUACACACACACACA